AUGUCGGUGGACGACGACGUUCAAAGGGUGAUUGCGGCCGCCUCCGCAGAGAAACAAGUUCUCGGCGAGAUCUUGGAGUUGCAUGCUCGGACAAGCAAGCUGGCUAUGGAUACGGCGUUGAUUCGAAAUGCCACAUACGACGAGGAAGCUAUCCACAAAGAAAAGGAGUUUGACGAUCAAUACCUGAAGGUCGGUCUCGAAGUCCAGGAGUUCUUUACGGAGGUAUAUGCCAAAACUGAAGAAGAAGAAGAACUUGUUCAGAAGCUACUUCGGCUGGACAAGGAGAAUACUCAUACUUCGGCCUUCGCUGAAGCGUAUUUCUGA